GCAACCAACAUUUGAGUGAAAUGAAAUGAAAGUUCGCUUUCCGCCACAUGUCCGCCAUAUCUACUACAUUUUCUUUCUGAUAGUGACGUUAAUAUUAUUUUAAUUUACACAGUGGCGUGGUGUAGAUAUUUGUUGUUAAUUUAAUUAAUUUUAGUUUAUCGUAAUCGCGACCCCGGACAAGCGAAUAGCGAUGGAGUCGCCUAGAAAAUUUAACGAUUGCUAUUUUUAUUAUUACUCGACAUGCACUAAGGGAGACAAUUGUAUGUUUCGUCAUGAGCCCUCUGCACUGGGUUGUGAGACAAUGUGCACUGCCUGGCAGCAAGGGAAGUGCUUGGACAAGUGCUGCAAACUAAGACACAUGGAACUAAGGAAAAACCGCAAGCAAAUUCCUUGCUAUUGGGAGAAUCAGCCAGGCGGGUGUCAAAAGAAGCAUUGCCCCUUCAUGCAUAAGAAUCCAGAUGCGCGCUCUGAUGGAAUUGCACCGAGCCAGCCUGCACCCGUUGUCAGUGCCCAAGUAGGCAUUGAGACAGCCAUAGAGGUGGGUGGUGGAGUGCCAGCCUUACCCCCGCAAGCCCCUGCUCCAACACCAGUACCGUUAUUAUGGCAGCAACAGAGACAACAAGUGGUGCUAGAUUCAGCGAUCCUAGGUGUAUUGCCCGGCAGCAGCGAGUUUCCGAGGCGUGUGCACGCGCACGCACACGCGCACACACACACGCAUGCUCACGCGCACACACACGACACUACAUACGUGCCCGUCGACCCGCUAGUCGUCAACUUCGAGGAAGAGUCGGAUAACGAAAGCGCCCCUUCCUGUACACCCACUAAGGUAUCGGAUGACGCACAGAAAAUAGCUAGGACCAAGUCACAGGAGUUGUUGCUCCUGGAGAAGAUACAAGCUGAGGCCGCGGCCUUCUACAGCUACGAGGCGCUGCCUGCGGAGGUGCCCAAGGAAAGGAAAAUAGUCCGGGCGAAUCUCACCACCAAGUAUGAUAGGGUGUCACUAGACGAACUGUCAGGCAAGCAAACCACGGAGCAGAGAAGCUCGCUAGACUUCAAAGUACUCUCGUUAGACGAGAUUAGGGCGAGGAAGAAAGUUUCAGAGGCUGUGAUACACUCUGCACCUAUAACGUUAAACCUAAGUAGGAAACGAAAACUGUCCACUCACGAGACCAUGACGACGUCAGGUAACAAAAUAAUCAAAGUAGUUAGGAGCAACUCUAUAGUUUAUAAGAAGCUGGACAAGAAUGCGCCCGCGCAGCCCGCACAGGCUAGAGUGGACAACAAGAGAUGUGAACAAAACGACAGCAGAAAGAGAACGCUGUCAGAACAGAGCGAUCUGUACGAGGUGGAGGACGAGCUGGAAGACAACUGUUACGAGUUUAAAAGAAUUAAAAUAGCGGAAGAUACUACCCAGCCGAAGUUAGUCAGGAAUAGGGGAGCGGCUAAAUGUGUGAGUGACGUCACUGUAGUCAUGGAACACGGAAACGGAAACGAGGAUUCAGACGGUGAAGUCCAGUUUGUGAGUUUAGAGUUGACAGAUUGUAACACAGAUAUAGACAGUAGUGUGAGGGGCGAGGUCAUCGAUGUGGACUCGGCAAGGAUGGGUGACCCCGUGGACAUCGUGGACCUGUGCGAGGAGCAGGAUGACAGUGAGAUGACAGCAUCAGAUCUAGGUUUAGUUAAAAACGUGCCGGACGUCGUGGCCAGCUGCAGGAGGUCAAUGAACGACAGUUCAGACAAAGACGUCAUCAGUAGUAUAGAUCAGCUGAUCCAUGAUGACUUAUGAUGGAAGAGGCUCGUUAGCUGGUAAGGUGUAGUGUUCAUUGGGAAUUUGUUUGAUAGCGAGCUAGCUUUAGAUGUGACGAGUACAAAAUUUAAUUUCCGACAUUGCCUUAUGAUGUGUCUUAAAUAAUAUAGACCGAUAAAUUUUUGAUAAAUUUUAUAUGAAAAUAGUAAUAAUUAUUUAAUAUGUUAGUUUGUAUGUCACAGUUUAAUAGUAAAACUUUUCGGAUGUUUCCAUAUACGGAUAACAGAGAUGAAAAUUGUCAAACGAAACAUGGUUCGCCUUAUAAAGGUCUCUGCGUCUGAUAAUCAAGUUACUCUUCCAUGAUAUAUCUACAAGGUUCGUAGAAUGUUUUAUCUUAUGAGGUUAUGUGUAAGUACGUUUUUUUUUUAAAUAUAUAUACAUAUAUAUAAAUUCGAUUAAUUUUAAAAUGAAAUUGCUGUAAUACAAUUGAGAGCUUUAAUUAUAUUAUUCGAAAACUA